AUGGCAGAGACAGCUCCAGCCCCCGCUCCGGCCAAAGCCAAGGCCCCCAAGAAGAAGGCCGCUGCCAAGAAGAGCGAUGGCCCCAGCCUCCCGAAGCUCAUCACCGCUGCGAUCGCGGAGUCCAAGGAACGCAAAGGCGUUUCCAUGGCCGCCGUGAAGAAGGCGCUGGCGGCGAAGGGUGUCGAUGUGGUCAAGGCCAACAAGCGCAUCAACAACGCCCUGAAGAAGAUGGUGGUUUCAGGCGCCGUGAGCCAGACCAAAGGCACCGGGGCCUCCGGCUCCUUCAAACUGGCCACGAAGGAGGCCAAGCCCAAGACCGUCAAGAAGAAGGCACCGGCCAAAGCCAAGAAGCCCGCGGCAAAGAAAGCCACCACCCCCAAGAAGAAGGCGGUGAAGAAGCCCGCAGCCAAGAAGCCCAAGUCCCCGGCCAAGAAAGCAGCCAAGAAGCCCGCCAAGAGCCCUAAGAAAGUGGCCAAGAAACCCGCCAAGAGCCCCAAGAAAGCGGCUCCCAAGAAGCCCAAGGCCGUGAAGAAGAGCCCCAAGAAGGCAGCCGCAAAGAAGGCAGCUCCCAAGAAGGCCAAGAAGUAA